CUGUGGGGAAGAGGGACGUAAUUGUAAACCCCGGAGCGAGGUCCUGCCUAUCUGAGACCGCUGCGCUGAAGAGACCCGGUGAAGUGCCGUCACCAUGUCUGACCAGGAGGCAAAACCUUCAACUGAGGACGUGGGGGAUAAGAAGGAAGGAGAAUACAUUAAACUCAAAGUCAUUGGACAGGAUAGCAGUGAGAUUCACUUCAAAGUGAAAAUGACAACACAUCUCAAGAAACUCAAAGAAUCAUACUGUCAAAGACAGGGAGUUCCAAUGAAUUCACUCAGGUUUCUCUUUGAAGGUCAGAGAAUUGCUGAUAAUCACACUCCAAAAGAACUGGGAAUGGAGGAAGAAGAUGUGGUUGAAGUUUAUCAGGAACAAACAGGGGGUCAUUUAACGGUUUAGAUAUUCUUUUUAUUUUAUUUUCUUUUCCCUCAAUCCUUUUUUAUUUUUAAAAAUAGUUCUUUUGUAAUGCGGUGUUAAAAUGGAAUUGAAAACUGACGCCCCCCAUCUCUUUAAAACAUCUGGUAAUUUGAAUUCUAGUGCCCAUUAUUCAUUAUUGUCUGUUUUCACUGUGCUGGUUUUUGGUGAUCAAAUGUCAGCCUCCUUCAUAUUGCCCUCUCCUUUCGAAAUAUGACGUGUGUGCACAGGGAGGCCACCUUUUUCA